AUGGCAACCAACUCAACACAGAGCCACCGUGAAGCGCAAGCUUCUCCGGACCCAGACGUCAAACUCGGUCUUGCAGACGAAGCCGCACGAUCAAUCAUUGCUACAAAUUUUGAAAAUGUAGAAGAUGAUGGAGUACUCGAGGAAGGGUCGUUGGACCCGAGGUAUAGAGCCAAGGCGACAAUUUUGAAUGCCGCUAUGCAGGAUAUGGGAUUUGGAGCUUACCAGAAAUUUCUGUUUUGCGUUUGUGGAUUCGGAUGGUUCAUCGAUAAUAUGUGGCCACAAGUCACAGCAAUCAUUUUGUCAUCCGUCCAACGAGAGUUUAAAUUCAAGCCGCCAUCGCUUCUUGCGCUAUCACAGAACAUCGGGUUGCUUUUCGGGGCUGCUGUCUGGGGUCUCGCAUCUGAUAUUAUUGGUCGACGAUGGGCGUUCAAUCUGACAUUGCUGGUUGUCGGCGUCUUCGGCCUGAUCGCUGGAGCUUCCCCCAAUUUUGAGGCUCUUGCUGUCUUUGCUGCCCUCUGGUCCUUUGGUGUUGGUGGUUCGCUACCAGUCGAUUCCGCCAUCUUCCUUGAGUUCAUCAAUGGCAAAUCCCAAUGGACAUUGACACUGCUCAGCAUCUGGUGGGCUGGAGGCCAAAUUGUUGCCAGUCUCGUCGCUUGGCCUCUAAUCGGAAACUACGGAUGCCCCGAUGCCGAUACGUGUACCAAGGAGAACAACUGGGGGUGGCGAUACUUCGUUUUCGCAAUGGGUGGUCUUACGCUGCUUCUCUUCGUCAUUCGAUUUUUCAUUUUUAAUAUGUACGAAUCGCCCAAGUACCUUAUGGGCAAAGCCCGUGACGCCGACGCCGUCGAUGUCGUUCACAAAGUCGCUGAAUACAACAAAUUCGAAUCAUCCCUCUCACUCGACCAUCUUGAAGCCGUUGACCGUCAAUACCGCUCUUCAGAAUCCGAUAAUGGCGACCGCCCACAACUGGAAGACUAUACCACUGCAUCUGCUGCUCUCCGAAGAAACCUUGAGAAGUUCAAGUUUGAUCACAUUAGAGCGUUGUUUAGAACUAGACAGUUGGCAUAUUCCACUAGUUUGAUAAUCUUGCUUUGGGGAAUUAUUGGACUGGCUUUCCCUCUUUACAACGCCUUUUUGCCCUUCCUGUUGACGAACCGAGGCGCAGAGCUGGGUGAGGAUUCGUUGAGUACUACUUAUCGAAACUAUGUCAUUAUUGGUGUCUGUGGUAUUCCCGGUUCCCUACUUGCUACAGCAGCCGUCGAACUCCCAAGGCUCGGAAGAAAGGGUGCCAUGUGCAUUGCCACUGUUUUGACAGGUGUAUUCUUGUUCUUGAGUACAACCGCAAAGACAAGUUCCGCCCUCCUUGGUUGGAACUGCGGGUACAGUGUUACAUCGAAUGCGAUGUACGGGAUUCUAUACGCCUACACCCCAGAAAUCUUCCCCACUUCUUCCCGUGGCACUGGGAACGCAUUAGCUGCUUGUGCCAACCGUGUAUUCGGAAUCAUGGCACCCGUCAUCGCUGGAUACGCGGAUCUUACAACCAGUGUUCCCGUGUAUGUUUCCGGGGCACUGUUUAUCGCAGCGGGAGGAGUGAUGUUGCUCUUGCCUUAUGAACCGAGGGGCAAAGCUAGCAUGUAA